AGGUACAUAACCACCACUGGGGUUUGAAUCCAUAUACCCUUGCUUAAAAACACCUUCCAGUCUUGCACAUCAGACUCCUUACUGCAUCUACUAGUGAAAUUCCGUUAGCACGUUCCAUACACAGGAAUCUAAUUCCCCUGAGUCCUUACUCUCUGUAGUAGAUAAUAGAAUCCAUCCUUCAUUAAUCAUACAGGAGUUGAAUAAAUGAACUGGUAGUAGGCAGAGGGCAGGAAAGUUGACCUUUCUCAACACUUGGGAAUGUAUACAUCCUUACCUACUUCAGGAAGGUAUUUUCAGGGAGUUGGGUGUUACAGCUGGAGGGAAACUAAGAUUCCUAAACUGGUUUUUAAACAGUUUAUGCUUUGUUUAAAAUUACCCUAGAAACCUAUAAAACAAAGCCCCCAUUGAGUCCCCUCUUGUACAUCCCUAGACGAGGACCCCUGAUUGCUAGCCUGCUAGCCGGGUCAUUUUACAAACUCAUGACCUAGGCUGAGCAGUCUUGAGAAGACAGCAUGGGCACUUUCAGGUUCUGCUAUGCCAGUGGCUCACCAGAGAGUUGACUGCUUAUUCAAAACUUAAAAUGUUGGUAUGAAGAAAAAAAAUGGAACAAGUCUGAGCUCCGCUCACUUGGGAACUUGGGUACAGUACAGAAACAACGAGUGCAGACACCUGCAUUAAAGCAGCAUUCAAGUUAAACUGAGAAGGGAAUCCAGACCUGGCUACCACCGGGAGUACGGGUUUAGGGGAGGGAGACAGCCGAGUUACAGGGAAGCACAGACUGUAUCACACCGAGGCUUGGUGCAGUCCACGAUAAGGGGGCUGCCUACUAUUAGGUAGCGGGCUGAGCCGCCUUCCUACUGGUAUCAGAGGCCCCACCCACCUGCAUUCUUCCUGGACUGCUUGAGUCCAAACAACAACCGGGCCCGCAGGCGGACGGAAGAGGCGGUGCUCGAUACGGAAGUCCCUGGGCCCGCUACGGUCACGUGAGUGAGGUUCCGCAUAGAACUGGCACUCAGGAGGCAUGGCACUCUGGCGAGCAUACCAGAGGGCCCUGGCUGCACAUCCGUGGAAAGUCCAGGUUCUGACAGCUGGGUCACUGAUGGGCCUAGGUGACAUUAUCUCACAGCAGCUGGUGGAGAGGCGGGGUCUCCAGCAACACCAGACUGGCCGGACCUUGACCAUGGCCUCCCUUGGCUGUGGCUUUGUGGGCCCUGUGGUCGGAGGCUGGUACAGGGUUUUGGACCACUUAAUCCCUGGCACCACCAAGGUGAAUGCACUCAAGAAGAUGUUGUUAGAUCAGGGGGGCUUUGCCCCAUGUUUCCUUGGCUGCUUUCUCCCACUGGUAGGGGUUCUCAAUGGAAUGUCAGCCCAGGACAAUUGGGCCAAACUGAAGCGGGACUACCCCGACGCCCUCAUCACCAACUACUAUCUCUGGCCUGCUGUGCAGUUAGCCAACUUCUACCUGGUCCCCCUGCAUUACAGGUUGGCUGUUGUCCAGUGCGUUGCUAUUGUCUGGAACUCCUACCUGUCCUGGAAGGCACAUCAGCUCUAAGCCUGCCCUGUUCCGUGGUUCGCACCUUGCACUGCUGUACCGUGGCCCUCUAAUGCUUGGACAGCUUCUUCCAACUGAGCACAACAGGACUGGAGAGGUGGCUCAGCCGUUAAGAGCAUGGACUGACUGCUCUACAGGACACCUAAGUUUGGUUCCAAACACCCACAUCGGGUGGCUCACACCUCCGUGUCUCAAGCUUCAGGAGAUCUGAUGUCCUCUUCUGGCCUCUGAAGCACCUGCACUCACAUGUACAUAUCAACACAGACACAUUCGUAAUUAAGCACACAAUGAAAUCUUU